AUGCACCCAGCAGUUCUCAAAAUUUCUAAACUUUUUUUAUUGCAGGAGUCCAAGUUUAAAGAAACUGGAGUAAUUACACCUGAAGAAUUUAUUGCAGCUGGAGAUCACUUAGUUCACCACUGUCCUACUUGGCAAUGGGCUUCAGGAGAAGAACUAAAAGUCAAGGCUUAUCUGCCAACAGACAAACAGUUUUUGGUAACUAAAAAUGUGCCAUGCUACAAAAGGUGUAAGCAGAUGGAGUACUCAGAUGAGCAGGAAGCAAUUAUAGAAGAAGAUGAUGGUGAUGGGGGAUGGGUAGACACUUUUCACAAUGCAGGCAUAGUGGGUGCAACAGAAGCAGUUAAGGAGAUCACACUAGACAGUAAGGAUAAUAUAAAAAUACCAGAACGUUCAGCAUCUUGUGAAGAUGAUGAUGAGGAAGAUGAAGGAGAAGCUGCAGACAUGGAAGAGUAUGAAGAAAGUGGGCUAUUGGAGACAGAUGAUGCAACACUUGACACAAGACAGAUUGUAGAAGCUAACAAAGCUAAAGUUGAUGUUGGAGGGGAAGAUGCUAUUCUACAGACAAGAACUUAUGACCUCUACAUCACUUAUGACAAAUAUUACCAAACUCCAAGGCUCUGGUUAUUUGGAUAUGAUGAGCAACGGCAGCCUUUAACAGUAGAGCAUAUGUAUGAAGAUAUUAGUCAAGAUCACGUCAAGAAAACAGUGACCAUUGAAAACCAUCCUCAUCUUCCUCCACCUCCCAUGUGCUCAGUUCAUCCAUGCAGGCAUGCAGAAGUCAUGAAGAAAAUAAUCGAAACUGUUGCAGAAGGUGGGGGAGAACUUGGAGUUCACAUGUACCUUCUUAUUUUCUUGAAAUUUGUACAGGCGGUCAUUCCAACGAUAGAAUAUGACUACACGAGGCACUUUACAAUGUAACUACAAUAAGAGAUGUCCUCCUCUAAUUAUCAAAUCUUUUUUUAAAUAACCCAUUCAUGUGACUUAUGCAACAUUAUACACAAUUUCUGUAACUAACCUUUUAUCGAGUUGAUGCAUCAAAAUAAAAUGUUCCAUUACCA